GUCACAAUUCGCUGACACACAGCAGAGAGAGAAGAGAUGGCAGCAGCGAGGAGGCCGGAGCUUGUGCGCAAAGUGCUGGACCAGUUCCGGUCCACGCAGCGCGUGGGCCGGUUUGCGGUCAAGGGCGUGCGGCCAGUGGACGAGUACAACAUGUGUGCCGUCCACCUCAUGCACGAGCCCACAAAGGCGGAGGUGCUGCACUUUGCCCGCCCAGACAACAACAACGCAUUUGCUGUCGCCUUUGCCACCCUCCCCACAGACGACACGGGCGCGCCCCACAUCCUCGAACACACCGUCCUCUGCGGAAGCAAGAAGUACCCCACCCGCGAUCCAUUCUUCAAGAUGCUCAACAGGUCACUGUCCAACUUUAUGAACGCGCUGACGGGCCCCGACUACACCAUGUAUCCGUUCUCCACCACCAACGCUCAGGAUUUUGCCAACCUCAUGCACGUGUACCUCGAUGCAGCGUUCUUCCCAAACCUCAACGAGCUCGACUUCUGCCAGGAAGGAUGGCGGUUGGAGCACGAGAACGUUCACGACAAGUCGUCUCCCCUGCAGUUCAAAGCGUUCUUCCCAAACCUCAACGAGCUCGACUUCUGCCAGGAAGGAUGGCGGUUGGAGCACGAGAACGUUCACGACAAGUCGUCUCCCCUGCAGUUCAAAGGUUGGCGUGUAUGUGUGUGUGUGUGUGUGUGUGUGUGUGUGUGUGUGUUCCUGACGUACGGCGAUAUGCCCCUCGAGCACCAUCUCGACAUCAUCGAGCGGGAUGUUCUUCAGCACUUCAGCGCACAGGAAAAGCCAACAGCCGAGCUGUUGACGCGGCCGUGGACAGCGCCGCAGCAGCACCACAUCCACUGCGCGCACGACCCCAACGCCGGCGACACCCAGACGAAGAUGAGCGUGUCCUUCCUGACACCCGAGGCGACGGGUCUGUACGAGUCGUUUGUGUACCGCAUGCUGUCGUCGCUGCUGCUUGACUCUGCCAGCUCGCCCUUCUACCAGGCGCUCAUCGACAGCGGGCUCGCGCCGGAGUACAGCCCCAACACGGGCCUCGACAUGCACACUCCACAGGCAUCCUUCUCCGUGGGAGUGCAGGGCAUCCGGGAGAGCGCUGUUGAUGAUGUGCGAACGGCGAUUGACGCGACGCUCCAGCGCUACACAAACGAUCCGUUCGACGACCAGAUGGUGCAAGCGCUGCUGCACCAGAUUGAAGUACGACAGCGGGCAGUGUCGGCCAACUUUGGGCUGCACCUCGUCACCAACGUCGUCUCCGGAUGGAACCACGGCCUUGACCCGCUGGACAUGCUUGAGAUCAAGCCGAUCAUUGAGCGCUUCCGUCGCGAGUACAGCCAGGACCCCAUGCUCUUCCAGAAGAUUAUUCGCCGCGACUUUGUUGAAAAUCCGCACCGCCUUGAAGUGGUCAUGACGCCAUCCAAGUCCUACCAGGAAGACCUGGAUGCGAAGGAGAAGGAGAAACUAAACGCGUUUGUCUCCAAACUGAAGCCAGCGGAUGUGGACGCCAUCUACGACCGCAACCUUGAACUCCUCGCCUCCCAGCAGAAGGAGCGGGAUGUCUCGUGUCUGCCAACGCUGCACGUGGAGGACAUUAACAGGUCUGGCACGUAUUACGACCCCACCAUCACCUCGUCGCAGCCAUUCGACCUCUACACAAACGUGCAGCCAACGAACGGCGUGUGCUACACUCGCGCGUUCUUUGACGGCGCCGGCCUCUCAUAUGAGGACCAGCUCUUCCUUCCCCUCUUCAACCAAAUGCUCACAACGGCUGGUGUUGGCGAUAUUUCGUACAAGGAGUUUCCCCAGAAGGUCCAGAACUGCAUGGACGGAUUGUCCGCGUCCUGUGUUGUUUCCCAGGACUUUUUCAACCCAGACAAGUUCACACACGGCGUGAAUGUGUCGUCGCUGUGCCUGUCAGAGCACGCUGGCGACGCAUUUUCGCUGUGGCAGCGGCUGCUGGUUGAGGCCCGGCUCGACGACCACCACCACCUCCGAAACAUCAUUCGCAUGGCAGCGGCGCUGUCGCUGCCCGUGCACCACUUCAGGGUGACGGUGUUUGGGUGUGUGGAUCCACAGCAACCAUCGUCAGAGGCAUACGACACACGGAAGAGGAUCGAGCACUUGCUCGGGCUGCUGUACGCGUCGCCAUCUGCACCACAGCCCCACGAUACCCCAGGCACCAGUCACGCACCUGCCGCCACGGCCACCACCACCACCACAGCCGCCACAUCGACGACCAAGGCUGCACUUCAGCCGUUCCCACAGCAGCAGCAGCAGCAGCAGCAGCAGCAACAUCAUCUUGUCGAGGAGGCGCUUGGGGAUGUGCCGGGGAAGGAGAUACAGUCGCCCGCGCAGAUGUAUGGCCGCGGGAAACACAGCGUCAUGUGGCGGGGCCUGGCGCAGCGCCCGCGCUCGCGCCGCCUCCCCCAGUCUGCCAUUGACCGGCUGCUGCUUGGGCCGGACCUUGACACGCUACGCGCCAUCUUGCCACGCAAGCGCCCCGCCUCCGCUCGCAGUAGCACUGCCUCGCCAGCACACAACAACAGCAACAGCAGCACGCGUCGAGGGCGAUCACAGCGGCCCCGGCUGGUGAUGAUGAGCGUGGACGACUACCGCGCCAAGUCGCCCUCCGUCGUCGUGUCCAUGUCACCGCCCCGCACGUCUCACUCGCCAUCACCGCCGCCGCAACAAGAAUCCUCGCACCGGCUAUCACUGCCAAGAGAGGCAUCAUCGACCUCACGACACUCGUCGCUGUCAUCGUCACGGUGCGCCUCUCCAUCAGAGGAGCGCGAGUGCCGGUGGCCGCACGUGCCGCUCUGCCAACACCUCGCAGCGGCGAUCCAGGAGUGGGCGCUACUGCAUGCGCCAACCACCCACGAUGAUGAUGAUGAUGAUGAUGUCUUCUCUGCGGCGAAGUACGCUGCGAGUCAGAUGCAUGAGCAGGAGGAGCUGCUUGCGCUGGGAACAGAACGCGAUCUGUCACCGGAGUGUCGCUCGCUCGCGCCGUUCAUGCAUGAAGCCUUUGCCAGCGGUGAUCACAGGCGCAUUCUGCGAGCCUUUGAUCGCCUCUUGUGCUUCAUCACCAUUGACGAUGUGCAGUGGUUUCUUGGCAUGCAACACACCCAGGGUACCGUCUCGGGCUUGCCGCCCCCGUGCUGCACGCUGCUUGAGGCGUUCCAAGCACCAAACUCGCCGCAAGGCCCUUCCAUCCUCACGAAGGGUGCUCGGGCGCUGUUGAAACACUGCCAUCGCGACCACAGCCUCUCGUUCUGGGGCAACCCGACCGGCUCAGAGGCGGACAAGAAUGCGGCUGCGCUCGAUGUGCUUCGGCGGAUCCUGGGCCAUUCCACCUGGUUGAACGUCCACACCCUCCCUGCCAGCGUGCACGCACGCGAGAAGAGGCGGCACGCUGUGCUGGACGCGACAAAGGAGGACAUUCUCAAUGCUGUGGAGACACAUCUUGCGCCAGCGACAGUCCAGGCCGCGAGCACGGGGCUGCUGAUUCCGGCACACAUGGCGGAGGCGGUGAAGGAGACGGGGGCACGCGUCACGCUGCUUGAGGCGUUCCAAGCACCAAACUCGCCGCAAGGCCCUUCCAUCCUCACGAAGGGUGCUCGGGCGCUGUUGAAACACUGCCAUCGCGACCACAGCCUCUCGUUCUGGGGCAACCCGACCGGCUCAGAGGCGGACAAGAAUGCGGCUGCGCUCGAUGUGCUUCGGCGGAUCCUGGGCCAUUCCACCUGGUUGAACGUCCACACCCUCCCUGCCAGCGUGCACAUACACACACACUUCCAACCUAUGGACGUUCGUGGCGUGUCUGUUGCCGCAUUGAAGCGGCUGAGGGCUGAUUUGAAGAAGGCGUUUCCAGAAGAGUAUGCGCGGAUGACGACGCAGCACGCACGCGAUUCGUUCAUCGUGCCAAAGACGCAAGCAGACGAAGGGAAUGGAGGACAACGUGCGUACGUGGACGUGGUGAAGGACGGGAACGAGGAGCACGUGGCCCCCGCGACCGUCUACGUCUCACACGCCUGGAGCUGCAAGAUCGUGGAUGUGCUGGACGCGCUCAUCGACUUUGCCAGACAAGAGCAGAAGAAGGCGAAGAAGACAGAGAAAGAACAGCAGGCCGCCUCCGGCAAUCAGGAUCAGAAGGGCAGCACCGCAGCAGCAAGCAGCAACACCAAAACGGCCCUUGCACGGCACUACUUUUGGCUGGACAUCUUCAGUCGCAAGCAACACCGCACAACCAGCAAGAGUGACGAAAGCGGUGACGACGACGACGUACACUCGCCAGAGUGGUUGAGCGGGAUACUAAAGCCAGCCAUUGCCUCAAUUGGCAGGGUGGUUGUCGUGCUAACGGACUGGAGCAAGCACGUACCACUGAGCCGUGCGUGGUGCCUGUGGGAAAUGCACUGCGGGCUGAGCCAGGACGGCGUCGGCGUCACAGUGCACUUGUCAUCCCGUCAGCGCUCCUCGCUGUGCAACGCCAUUCAAUACGACGCCAGCUGUGUCCAUCUGAAAGGGAUGGUGAACGUGGACGUGUCCAAGGCAGAUGCAAGCAGAGAGGCGGACAAGACGAGCAUCCUUGCUGCCAUCGAAGCUGAUGGCGGCUGUGAUGCUCUCAACGCCCGCACAAAGGAAUUCAUGCAGGACUGGUGGAGGGACACGCUGGCAGCGCUUGUGGAGGAUCAGGAGGUGAACGACACCAGCGACGCCAUUGCUCACCUCUCGCUGUCGUCGCACGUGCAGAUGGCGCUUCUUGGCAUUGGGCGGUCGAUACGAACGGACUCGGAACUGGAGACCAGCGGCGUCUUUGUGACUUCGAGCGUGAGGGAGAAGGUGGCUUCCGUACAGCAGUCACAAGAAAAGCCACGGCAGCAGCAGUCGUCCUCACAGCAACAGGCACGAAAGCAGCCACAACAGCAGCCACAACAGCAGCCACGAAAGCCUGAGCAACAGGCACGAACUCAGCCACAACCACCACAGCGAUCGCAACAGCUGCCACAGCGAUCGCAACAGCUGCCACAGCGAGCACAACAGCAAAAGCAAAAGCAAAAGCAACAGCAGCCACUGCCACAGACUGACAAGCCCCAGUUUGGGCCGAUGAAGAAAUCCUUCAAGGGGAAGGAGGCAUAUGACCUGUACUUCCAAAUGGCCACGGUGCUUGUGGCGCAGAAGGACCACAGCACGGCCAUCACCACAUUCAACCAGGCCCUCGCUGUCCUCAAGUCAACGCACGGUACGCUGGAGCACGAGGAUGCUGUCCACAUCCUGUGUGGCAUUGGCGGCUGCUUCUACUUCACCAACGAGCCCGAUGUCGGCGCACGGUACUACCAGCGCGCGCUGGAUGUGUGCGAGAAGACGGUGGGUCUCACGUCCGUGCGAGGGCUGGAGUCGCUCGACUCGUAUGCGUUCAUGCUGCUCACAACAGGCGAGGUGGAGAAGGAGAUUGCGCGGCGGGAGCAGGCCCUCACCAUCCGGAAGCAAUUCCUAGGAGACUCGCACCUGGACCUCAUCAAGUCGUAUGAUGACCUCGGUAUGGCAUACCGCCGCUUCCGCCGGCCCGACCUCGCUGCAGAUUGCUUCUUGCAGGCGCAGCGCAUCACCCGCGCCACGCUGGGCGCCAACCACCGUAACGAGGCCAUGGUGUGCCACCACAUGGGGCUUGCGCUUACGGAGAUGGGCGACAGCACAGGUGCACUGCCAUACCUCGAGCGGGCUGUUGCCAUCUACGAUGGGGCGGUGGAACCUGACGACAGUGCGGCCGUGUCCGCGAGGGAGGCGCUUGAGAAGGUUCGUGGGUACCUUGCAGGCAACAGUGCAAGCAACAACAGCGCGAGCAAGAAGACGACACGAAAGAAGGGCAAGGGCAAGAAGCCACACAAGCACCAGAGAAAGUAGUGGUUUGGAUGGCGACUGUGGAGUUGGGGGUUGGUUGGGGUUGGGGGAUGCGUUGGCUGGGGAGAGAGCUGGAGAAGGUUUGGACAACGCUUUAUGAUUCCAAGCAUUCCAAGUGUGCACAUUCUGGGCUUCUUGUGCCGGCUGAAGCAUAAGACUGCAGUGAGUUACAAUCGGGCAGUUAUUUUCAAUGGGGGCAAGUACACGGCCGCAAUGCCACAAAGUGGACUGUUACAUGGCAAUAAGCAGCAGCUAUUCCUUGCCGCUUCAGUUGCUUGUUGAUUGAAUUUACUAGAGCGCUCUCA